AUGGAUGUCGACAACAUCUACAUCUCCAACUCCAUCUCCUACACCCUCCAGACACACGGGAUGUACCUUCUACGGGCCGCAUCAAUCCUGACCCUCGCCACACUCCUACCUAGACUCCUUGGCUUAUCGCACUUGAUCCGCGCUACCAUCUUCCUCUGCACUACCGCUUACCUCGUCUUCUCCUUGCACCAGUACCUCGUCCACGUUCCCGCAGAUGAGGACGAUACGGUACCGCCAGAUGUUGAUACUACGCCUAGUCUGACUCGAAGGGGGAAAUUGACGAUGCAGACUUCGCCUACAUUUGAGCGAGUGCGGUUGGAAGGGGAAUCCACGCCUACGAAGGCUGUUGUGUGGGCGAAGAGCCAGGCGUGGAAGAAUAACGGGUCGUUCAGACGGAGGGAUGGAGACGAGAAGGAGCAGUGCUAG